GACCCUGUCCACGUUGAACAGCGUGAUGCUUCACAGCGACGCGUCUUUAUCCUCACCACGGAGCUUUCAGCCGCGGACCUAGAAACAGGAGAGGAGCCAGCUGCCUGAAGCUGAACCAACUGUCCCACAUUUCCGCCUUAUAAUGAUCGCUGCGGCGUUUUUAGUCCUGUUGAGGCCCUACAACAUUCAGUGUGUCUUGUUGUUAUUGUUGCUGCUGCUCGGUACCGUUGCGACUAUUUUAUUUUUCUGCUGCUGGCACCGGAGACUCAGUAAUGGGAAGCAUCCAAUAAAAUCGGUUCUCUCCGGCGGACGCUCCAGGAGCCGCGUUGGUCUCCGAACGCAUCAUUUUCGAUCAGAGUGUUUCAGGCACAGUCCGCGUCACUUAAGAAGGAGCAUACAUGCUCGAGUGACGGAAGAAAAGCCUAAUCUGGUCGAGGUUCCAGAGAGUGAACCCGACUUGCCGUCGACUCUGAGAAAACGGAAGGUGAAGAAGAGGGUCCUGCCUGAGUUUUACCAGUCGGUACAAGUCACUCCUACACGUAAAGUUAGCUCCAGUUCAGGGAACCCUUCCCUGCACUGCUCCAUGUCUUCCUCGGCGGACAUCUCGGACGAGGACGAUUACAGCGUGAAAUCUGGAUCCGCGUCACCCGCUCCCGGGGACACUUUACCCUGGAACCUGCCGAGACAUGAGCGGUCCAAGAGAAAAAUCCAGGGAGGAUCCGUGCUGGACCCGGCGGAGAGAGCCGUGCUCCGGAUCGCAGAUGAAAGAGACAGAGUGCAGAAAAAGACCUUUACAAAAUGGAUAAAUCAGCACCUGCUGAAGGUACGAAAGCACAUAAAUGACCUCUAUGAAGACUUAAGAGAUGGACAUAACCUGAUCUCGCUGUUGGAGGUUUUGUCUGGAGAUACACUGCCGCGGGAGCGUGAUUUUCUGAAGACUUUGCGGUUGCCUCGGGAGAGAGGAAGGAUGCGUUUCCACAGACUCCAGAAUGUACAGAUAGCCUUGGAUUAUUUAAAGAGGCGGCAGGUCAAACUUGUAAAUAUCAGAAAUGAUGACAUCACAGACGGCAACCCCAAACUGACUCUGGGAUUGAUCUGGACCAUAAUUUUGCACUUUCAGAUCUCAGAGAUCCAUGUCACAGGGGAGUCUGAGGACAUGACAGCCAAGGAGAGACUACUGCUUUGGUCCAAACAGAUAACAGAUGGUUAUGUAGGUGUGCGGUGUGAAAACUUCACAACAUCCUGGAGGGAUGGCAGGCUGUUUAAUGCCAUCAUUCAUAAAUACAGACCAGAUUUGGUUGACAUAAGUCGUGUGUCGACGCAGACCAAUCGCUCAAAUCUGGAGCAAGCAUUUAGUCUAGCUGAACAGCUGGGGGUGGCCAGGCUGCUCGACCCUGAGGACGUUGAUGUUCAGUCUCCUGAUGAAAAAUCUGUGAUCACAUACGUCUCAACGCUGUACGAUGCCUUCCCUAAAGUACCUGACGGCGUUGAUGGAAUUAGUCCUAAUGAUGUUGAUAUCAAAUGGGUGGAGUACCAGAACAUGAUCAAAUACCUCAGUCAGUGGAUCAAACACAACGUGGCUGUGAUGUCAGACAGAUCUUUCCCCAACAGCCCUGUAGAACUAAAGGCACUUUAUAAACAAUAUCAGCAAUUUAAAGAACGUGAAAUUCCACUCAAAGAAAACGAGAAAACAAAAAUCCAAAAUCUCUACAAAAUGCUUGAGAUGUGGAUCGAGUUUGGACGUAUUCAGUUACCCCCAGGUCAUCAUCCGAACGACGUGGAGAAGGAAUGGGGCAAAUUAAUUGUUGCUAUGCUGGAAAGAGAAAAGAGCCUGCGGCCAGAAGUGGAAAGGCUGGAGAUGUUGCAGCAGAUUGCCAACAGAGUCCAGCGGGACUGUGUUAAUGGAGAAGACAAGCUGGCUUUGGCGAGAACAGCCCUCCAGUCGGACACAAAACGUCUCGAAUCUGGUAUACAGUUCAUGAACGAAGCUGAGGUUGCGAGCUACCUGUUGGAGUGUGAGAAUAUUCUCAGGCAACAAGUUGUGGACAUCCAGAUUCUUCUGGAUGGAAAGUUUCCGUUUGCAGAUCAGCUUGUUCAAAGAGUAUCCAAACUCCGAGAUGACCUUCUGACCCUUCGAGCCGAGUGCUCCUCUGUGUACAGCAAAGGUCGCGCCCUGACAACGGAGCAAACCAAGCUGAUGAUCUCCGGCAUCACGCAGAGCCUGAACUCUGGCUAUCCCCAAAACAUCAAUGCAAGCUUGACACCAGCCAUUAAUCCUGCACUUACCUCAGGGGAAUUGGGUACCCCUGGGUCCACCUUCACCUCUGGCCUUACACCGUGCCUGACUCCGUCCUUAACCCCAGCCUUGACCCCCAACCUGCAGCCUUCAACGGUACAGAGCUACAUGGGAAACGGCGGCGGCAUGGAGCCGGCUAACCUCAUGCAUCUGAAACACAUGCAGAUCCGAAAGCCCUUACUAAAGUCUUCACUGGCAGACCCCAGCAUGACGGAGGAGGAGGUCAACAUGAAAUACGUUCAAGACCUCCUGAACUGGGUGGAAGAGAUGCAGUUACAACUCGAGCGAUCGGAGUGGGGAACUGAUUUGCUAAGUGUGGAAAUGCAUUUGGACAACCAUAAAAGUGUCCACAGAGCCAUUGAAGAAUUCCAAAUGAGUCUUAAAGAUGCCAAACUGAGUGAAAUUCAGAUGACCAUACCCCUAAAGCUGACUUAUUCUGAUAAACUGAACAAACUGGAAAGGCAGUAUGAACGGCUGUUGAGCUGCUCACGGGAGCGGCAGACCAACCUGGAAUGCCUUCARGACUUUGUGUCACAGGCAACACAAGAGCUCAUCUGGCUGAAUGAGAAGGAGGAAGAGGAGGUUGCCUUUGACUGGAGUGAUCGCAACAGUAACAUCUCCAAGAAAAGAGACUAUCAUGCAGACCUAAUGAGGGAGCUGGAUGAAAAGGAGGAAGCCAUCAAGUCUGUGCAGGACAAGGCGGAGCGCCUCAUGCUCAAGAACCACCCAGCCAGGCUAACAAUUGAAGCGUACAAAGCUGCAAUGCAGACACAYUGGAACUGGAUUUUGCAGCUCUGCUCAUGUGUAGAACAGCAUCUUAAAGAGAARGCUGUUUAUUUUGAGUUUUUUAGUGACGCCAAAGAGUCCAUGGACUACCUUAAAAAUCUACAAGAUUCCAUUCAAAGAAAGUUCAGCUGUAACCGAUCGAGCAGCCUGCACAGGUUGGAGGAUCUCAUCCAGGAGUCCAUGGAUGAGAAAGAGCAGCUUCUUCAGUACCGCAGCACUGUAGCAGGGUUAGUGGGCCGGGCCAAAAAUAUUGUGCAACUGAAACCGCGGAACCCUGAAACUCCCCUCAGGUCCUCCAUUCCUGUCAAAGCAAUCUGUGAUUAUCGGCAAAUAGAGAUUACCAUUUAUAAAGACGAUGAGUGUGUGUUGGCCAAUAACUCUCAUCGAGCCAAGUGGAAAGUUAUCAACCCAGCAGGGAACGAGGCCAUGGUACCGUCGGUUUGCUUCACUGCACCUCCGCCUAACAAAGAGGCUGUUGACAUGGCUGCCAGAACCGAGCAGUUGUACCAAAAUGUCCUGGCACUGUGGCACCGCUCCCACGUUAACAUGAAGAGCGUGGUGUCCUGGCAUUACCUCAUGGGRGACAUACGUGCCAUCCGCAACUGGAACGUGGCCUCCAUAAAGACGAUGUUGCCAGGCGAGCAUCAGCAGGUCUUGAGCAACCUGCAGUCCCACUUCGAGGAGUUCCUGGAGGACAGCAAGGAGUCAGAGGUGUUUACAGUGGCAGACCGCAAUCAGCUGGAUAGAGAUGUGGCAGCCUGCAAGGAAUAUUACCAGGAACUGCUCAGAUCUGCAGAGAGAGAGGAACACGAGGAGUCAGUGUACAAUCAUUACAUCUCCGAAAUCCGCAACUUCCGCAUGCACCUGGAGGCCCACGAAGAACACCUGAUCAGGCAAAUCCGUACGCCGCUGGAAAGAGACGACCUGGAGCAGAGUCUGCAGCGCAUCACUGAGCACCAGAGGAAGACAACUGAGCUGGAAAGGAUGAAGGAUGAUCUGGACGUCCUGAAGGAGAAGUGCGAGGUGUUCCUCCGCCAGGCCGCGGGUUCUCCAUCUGCGUCGACGCUCUCCUCCGAGCUUUCUGUCCUCCUUCAAAGCAUGAACCAAGUGCACUCCAUGUCCUCCAUUUAUAUGGACAAACUGAAGACAGUGAGUCUAGUGGUGAAGCACAGUCAGAGCGCGGAUGCUCUUGUUAAAGCCUACGAGUCCAAACUUUAUGAAGAAGAGGCCACAAACUCUGACAUCAAAUCCAUUGAAAGUGUCAUUUCUACACUUAAGCAAUGGCGGACAGAGAUCGAUGAAAGGCAGGAGGUGUUCCAUGACAUGGAGGAUGAGCUGCAGAAGGCUCGUGUCAUCAGCGACCGCAUGUUCAAGGCCCACAACGAGCGGGACUUUGAUCUGGACUGGCACAAAGAGAAGGCGGAUCAGCUGAGUGAGAGAUGGCAGAACAUUCAUUUGCAGAUUGAUAGCAGACUCCGGGAUCUGGAUGGCAUCAGCAAGUCUCUGAAACACUACAGAGACUCCUACUUGAGUCUCGAUGAAUGGAUCAGAGAACUGGAAACGGUGCAGCUAAAGGCCCAAGAAAACAAACCUGAUGACAGCAAAGCUCUUGCUGAGCUAUUAAACAAACAAAAGGUUCUCGUUGCUGAAAUUGAACAAAAACAGAGCAGGAUUGACGAAUGUCAAAAGUACUCAGAGCAGUACUCCUCUUCUAUUAAGGAUUAUGAACUUCAGCUGAUGACGUUCAGGGCGAUGGUCGACUCCCAGCACAAAUCUCCUCUGAAGAAGCGGAGGAUCCAGAGCUCCUCUGAUGCUGUUKAGCAGGAGUUUAUGGAUCUUCGGACCCGUUACACUGCUCUUGUGACUCUAAUGACCCAGUAUGUAAAGUUUGCCAGUGAAACUCUGAGGAGAACAGAAGAUGAGGAGAGAUCUGUUGAUGAGGAAAAGCGAGAGCAUGGGGAUAAAGUUAGCAAACUGUUGCACUGGGUGUCCGAUGUGAAACAGACAAUGAGCAAUGAUGGGCAGGCUCUGAGAGAUAGUAAUGCCAACACAGACGCUUCAAAUAAACACCAGGUGUCUGUUGAGGAAAUGGUGUCUAAAAAGGAUCAGAUUCAAGAAGCGCUCUUGGCCACACAAAUGAUGCUUAACAAACAUGGUGACAAGAUGACAGAAGAGGACAGAGAGAAGACCCAGAAGCAGCUUAAGGCUCUCAGUCAGGCUUACAGAGAACUCACUCAACAGUGUUCAGACCAGACAACCUCUGCAGACGAGGUUUCAAAAAUCUCUAAUGGGACUGGUGCUGGAACCACAACUGGACCGUCUAAUCAAAUGCCUCCUGUCACUAUUCUAGACGGCCUCACGAGCCCCAGCUUCUUCCUGUUUGAGCCCCAGGUCCAUCUGGACUGGGAUAAAAGUCUAACAAACAAUCACAUGCACACACCCACAAUGAACCCCUUCCCAGAGGAUGAAGAGAACAAAUACAUACAAAGUUCACAUUUCGCCUCCGUGUCCCUGUCUGAUGUAGCAGCAGUUAGGGAAGAAUCGAGUGGUGAGGCUUUGGUCAUUAAACUUAUAGAAACCACCCAGGUCAGUGGUGGAGUGAAUGUGUGCAACACAGGGGAUGUGUUGACCCUGGAGAAAGCAUUUGGGUGUGGUUUAAUCCCUGCUUCUGUCUAUGUAAAGGUUCUGCAGAGGCAGAAGGCUUGUCAGAAUGUGAAGACGCUAGGCGUGGCUGAAAAUUUGUGGCAUUUUGAGCCUGAAGAGAAGGUUAAUCAUAGUGAGGUUAAUGGACUGAUAUUGAAGUGUCUCAGUGGAGGCAAAUCACUGGCAUCAGAGAGGAAAAUGAAGACUCUGAGGUCUGCGUGUGGUGGUUUAAAUAAUCACGAGACCCGAUCAACACCAUUAAAGCAUGAAAGUGUAGCUGAUGUAUCAGAGUGUGUCGAUGGUGAGCUGAGAGUGGAUGUAGCGGUUCAGUGUGAUUUGAUGAACUCCAGCAGCACUCUUAUUGUGCUGGGACAUCAACAGCAGUUUAUGGGACUUGUAUUGCCUCUUUCUGGGGUAACUAUGUCCUCCUCAUUCCAGCAAAUGACCAACAGCGAGUACACCAGCAAACUGUUUAGUAAUCGAGGAAAAAUAGCCGCUUUUUACAUUCCAGAAAGUUCUGAAGUAAUAGAAAUCACCUCUGCUGUUGAAAACGGUUUCAUCGACAGCUGCACAGCAGACAUUCUGAAAUCUGUUGAAAUUCCUGAUGAGUUUCCUGACAUUCACCACCUCAGUGAAAGGUAUUCAACAUGGCUUAUGUAUAAAAAACUAGCAGUUGAUAGAUGGUGUCAUCCUGCAGAUGUUUCCGAACUGAACCUCCUCACUCCCGCAGAGGCAGGACAGUUAUUCAUUUCAUACUUGAUGAUUAACAGCUACAUUGAUCCGAGGUCACUUCAGAGGGUUUUGAUAUUCGACAGUCGGUUAAAUGAAACGACUCAAGCUUUUCUUAAAGACCCAAUAUUUUCUCAAAAUCUCACUUUCAACAUCAGUGAUCAYUCAGAACAGGCAGAUGUUGAGGUAUUGUUGCAAAUAAACGAGGAAACAGGAAAGGUAAUAAAAAACAUGCAGACGGACAGCAGGGAUACGCUUGAUGAAAACAUAAUCCAGGCAUUUGAGCCUCAUAGUUCCACUUGUCUGAGCAAAACGGAAGUGAUAUUUGAUAAACAAAUUGUCGUAAAUGACAAUUCUCCAAAUCAAGAACCUGUAAAGGCAUGUUUUGCAGUUGAUUGCACUGACAUGAAUAACACAGAACKUGAUGAAGUGGGAAGAGGUAGCUUUCAGAACAGCAAAAAAUGGGCAAAAUCUGAUGACUCUGAGGAGAAAAUGAGUGAAAAUAGUGUAAAACAUGACACUAAAGAUGUUAGAGAAAAUUAUGAUGCUCCAUGUCUGAAAGUGCCAUUUGUUUCCACGUUAUGCCCUGUUAAAAAUAAAAACCCUGACUCAUCAUCCAAGAUAUUUGCAAAUGAGGCCACGGUUCAUCAGAUGCUGCCACGCUGUGAUGCUGAGUCACUGUGCAGUGAAUCAGAAAGUGAUGACAUGCACCAAGCUAAACCUUUCUGCUCUGUUGAUGUGAUGGAAAUUGAAAGUGAAUAUGAGCAUGCUUUCCAACUUAUGCAAGCGCAAGUAGAUGAAUCAAGCAUUGUCGAAAUCAUCUCUGGCUCAUCUACAAAMGACCUCACAGAGGAGCACAGAGUACUGGAGCUGGAUGAACUGGAGUUACUUGAUGAAACAGAUGUUUUAGGUGGUGAGGAAAACACAUUUUUGAGUCUAAAACAUGCAACCCAAGAAGACCAAAGCUUUUUGAGAUAUGAUCGCAAUCCUAAUCAGACAUUGGAGCUUGAAUCAGGUGAAAAUUUGGACUCAGAUUCCGAAUCUAGCAUUUAUCCAGAAAUAAACUACUUUUCUGAUGAAUCUGAAGAUCAAACUGUGGCUUUAAAUAAUCUUUACAGAACUGAAAACAUGCAGCAGCGAACUGAGAGGAAGAUGGUUGACACAGUGUUUGAUUUACCAAAUGAAAGGGCUAAUGAAGAGGUAGAGAGUUCAAAACAACAUAGACAUUUGGAAACAGAUAGGAUUCUUGUGAAUCAAUCCUUUUCCGCAGAUAGUGGUCAUGAAUUUGUGAUGAUCUCACCUUCCCGUUGGAGUCAGGUUACCGCAGACUGUGAUUCUCACGAAGAUAAACAGGCUUUCCUGGCAGACAGUGACUCACAGGUCAUGAUCAAUAGAGAGAAGACAGAUGCGGCAGAUGAGUGCAGUGUGAUAGAGAACUCUGCUCUAGCAAUGCACUUAAAUGCAUCAUGUCUGAGUGACAGCACCUCAAAUCCUGACUCAGAAAACCAGGCGCAACACAUCCCUCUACCUUUUAACGGUCCGGAGUCUGACAACCAGCCCACUGAUGUUUUUUUCAGUGAUGAACUUGAUUCCCAGGAGAAAACUCAUGCAGGUAGUGCGAGGGAAUUUGGCACAUUUUUAUUAUCUCACAUUGAUCUGUUUGGGGAAAGUAGAACAGAAAGUAACACAAGUGAUGCUCACUCGGCUUUGAGCAGUGAGCCAGGUAAAUCCUCACCUGGGAAUUUGGCUGAAAUGACAAAAACCGUAUUCUCAAGGGAUCUUGAAGACUUUGACAUGAAGUGUCCAGACGAUGGCAGCAGCCUUGCGUUGCCUCAGCAAACGAUGCUUUGUUCAGAAAGUGUUGGAUUUCAGUCUAGUUGCUGCCAAAACAUCCCGAGCCAGAAUGACCCUGCUUGUGACAAAUCUGCACAACAAUCAAACUCUCCUGACAUAUCUGCUUUUUUCAUUGACUCAAACACAGUGAGUCGCACAAGCAAUGAUGUGGAAGCUCUAGCUUUGACUAAUAAUGAUUUUUCUAAAUCCAGAUAUAGUGGUGAAAAUGAUGUGAGGUUAGAUGAGGAGAGGCUUUCUGUAGAGAAGCAAAAUAAAGAAAUCUUUACGGUCACGACGAACACUGAGCAGAUCCCAUUAAAACAAGAGAAUGACAGUAAUAAUAAAACUGUGCCCUACUUAAAUCUACCCUCUGUACCAUCAAGCAUUGAUUUGGUACAACCUGAAACAAACCAGCGAGACGAUUUCGGAUCUCCUAAUAAACCAGACACAGUUCCUGUGCUGUAUGAAAGCUGUGUUACAGAAAAUAAACCUACGCUAAACUCUGACAUACCUGCUGUUCAGAAUACACCAAACACUGUCAAUUAUAGGAGCAGUAAUACAGAAGCUUUAACUAUAAACGAUUUAUCAAAUGCAAUWAUCAAUAAUGCAAAUGAUGCAAAGACAAGCGAGGAGAGGCUUUCCCCAGAGAGGCAACAUGAUGACACUUUAUUUCUCACUAACACUGAACAGGUCUCAAUAUCAAAACUGGAGCAUGGCAGCAAAAAUGAAAGUCUGUCCUGCUUAAAUCCACCCUCUGGAACAAUAAAACUGGACUUGGUACAACAUGAAACCAAAAUGGAUGAAGAUUUAGUAUUUUCUAGUCAACAAGAAGAAGUUCCUGUGCUGUCAGAAGUCUCUAUUACAGAACCAAUACCAGCACAACAAUCAAACUCUUCUUCUGACUUACCUGCUUUUUUAAAUUAUUUGGACACAGGAAUUAUUGUCAGUCACAAAAGCACAGAUAUGGAAACUUUAUCUUUGGCUAAUACUGAUUUGUCAGGCUCAAAUACCAGUUGUGCAAAACUUGUCCAGUUGCACGAGGCGAGGCUUUCCCCACAGAGGCAACACGAUGACACGUUGAUAGUCCCAAGUAACACAGAGCAGGCUGCCAUGUCUAAAGAGGAGGACGGCAGUAAUGACGAGCUGAAUGGCCUUAAUUUAAUCUCUGUAUCAUCACGCUUUGACUUGGUACAACCUGAGAUAAAAAUGGGAAAAGAUUUAGAAUCUCCCAGUCAACCAGAGGAAGUUCCUGUCUUGUCAGACAGCUGCUGCAUUACAGGGAAAAAUCCCACAGAGCAAUCAAACUCCUCCUCCUGCUUUUCUGCGUUUUGUAGUGACAUUAGUACAGCAAAUUCCGCCAAUCAAAUGAGCAAAGAUAUGGAAAUUUCAGUUUUUACUGAUGUUGAUUUGUCUGACUCUAUAAACAGUGGUUUAAAUGAUGUGAAGGUAUAUGAAGAGAGGCUUUCCCCAGAGAGGCAACACAACUUUUUCAUUGUCCCAAGUGAACCUGAGCAGGUCUCACAAUCCAAACAGGAGAAUGACAGUAAUAAUGGAAGUACGUCCUGCUUAAAUCCACCAUUUGCAUCAUCGGACAUUGAUCUGGUGCAACCUGAAACCAAAGUGGGAGAAAAUUUGGAAGGAACAAGUCAGCCUGUCCCAUCAGGCAGCUGUGUUCCAUCUGCUGUUUGUUCGUCAACUUGGUCCGAGAUUUGUAUCCGUGUUAAGUCUCCGGUAGUUGAGCAGGAAGACGUGACCACAGAACAUACUCAUUUCAGUGACUUGCAAAAGCCACAAGCUCAAGUCAACAACUGCGCUAAUCUUCAGCCUGUAGAAGAAGGCAGUUUUAAUGAAAGCAACAAACCUCCUGGACUGAUGGAGAUCCCUGUUACAGAUACUGUCAUGGAUUUGAUGAAGCAAAACAUUCUUACAUCUAACAACAAAAAUGUGGAGAACUCAGAACUGGCAUCACAGGAUGAAGAAGUCUGUGAGAACACAGAACAUGCUCCAAAUGUCCAACUGCAGCUUCUGCAGCUUUUUAAUACCGUUUCCUUUAACGAGGACUUUUCAGUUCUUCAAGAAAUGGUGGAGAGUCUGAGCAGUGAAACUCAGUUACAGGAAUCACAAGAGGACCAGCUUCACACACUGGACAGCAUCAAAGAAGAGAGCUCAGAGGAAGAGGAGGAGAAGUUAGCAGGAAAGGACAAAGAUGCCGGUCACACUGCUGCAAAAACCCAUCAGUCGUCUGCUCACACGAUGAAUGACUCAGAUGCCUGCAAAGCCAAAAAGUUGUUUUCCAUCCAUGAGUACCUGGAAUGUGUUGGAAGACUGCAGGAUCAUGCUGAUGUUUUAGAAGAUGUAAAAAAAGACCUUUCAAUGCAGACACCUGUGGGGAAUAGCAUGGAGGAACUGCAGAUCCAAAUACAGGAAUGUCAGUCUUUACAGUCUGAGCUGUCUAAACUGGGUGGAGUUCUGACAGCAGAUAUGGCCAAAGCUCAGGAGCUCUUGAACUCGUCUCAUGAAGACAUUCCUGUCCAAAUUCACCAAGAUUUGGCCUCGACUUAUCUGGAGUUAGAUCUGAUUUUUAUUGCCGUCUCCCAAAUGUGUACGGAAAGGAACGACUCCCUGAUUCAAGAGAUGGAAGCAGAAAAGUCUCACUUGGAAUCAGCAUACCAACAUCAUCUCAGGGAUCUUAAUGAGCUAAUGGGUCUCAUUCAAAAGCAGCCUGAGAUGUCGGAUCUAGAUUUCAACGUGUGUGAUGAGGACACAUUGAAACAUUUACAGCAAAAUAUGGAUACCGAGGGGAAUCUGGUGAAAGAAGCCAGGCUUAAAUUAGAGGACAUCACCUUUGAUAUCCAGUGCUUCGUUUCUGAGCACACUCGGUUUCUGAGUCCAUCUCAGAGCAGCCACCUCCUUAAGUUCCUCAGCAGCACACAGCGAGCGUUCAAGGAGCAAACAGAGAGGCUCAUUACACAGAGGAGUGUCUUAGAUGUCCUGCUGGACAGCAGAGAGAGAGAAAAGCAGGAAGAGUCUUUAAUGGCCAAACACAAGGAGUUUGCAGAUAAGCUGGAGGAAGUUUGUGACAAUCUCACUCUGACCGAGAACCAUCUGAUUGGUCAUCAGCAGCAGGCGGGAAAGGCUGAGUGUGUCACAGACCUUCAACAGUACCAACAGGAGCAUCAGGCUCUGCAGAAAGACGUGCUGACAAAUGCCAGUGCUUUGAACGAGGUGAUCAGCUGCACCAAAAAGUUCCUGGAGGAGAACCGCGGCAAGCUGACGCCAGAUCAGAUCGCCGUGAUCGAGAGCAAGUUGGAAGAAGCUAAAGGCAAAGCCAAGCUCAUCAACCAAAGGGCGGAGGAGUCCAGAAAAGAUCUGGAAAAGAUUGUUACAACAGCUAUAAAACAGGAGAGCGAAAAGGCAGCAGCUGUGGAGCGGCUUGAAGAAAGUAAGAACAAAAUCGAAGGUCUUCUUGACUGGAUAUCCAACAUUGGGAAUGAAAACACGAACGGCCUGGAUCAAACUGACCAUAUAAGUAAAGAAAAUGGAAACCUGCCAGAGGAAACCUCAGCCAGAGCACUGAUAGGAAAAGAUGAUGAUGCCAAUGGAAAUGCUUUACAGACUUCUGAAAAGGAUUUUGGCAGAGAGACGAAAGAGGAGAACAAUGUAUCCCUGGACCUUGAUAAACAGUAUGACAGGGUGAAGGCCCGCCACCAGGAGAUUCUAUCCCAGCAGCAGGAUCUGAUCAUGGCCACCCAGUCAGCUCAGGCUCUCCUCGACAAGCAAGCCAACGUUCUGUCUCCAGAGGAGAAGCAGAGGCUUCAGAAGAACAUCCAAGACCUGAAGAAGCGCUACGAGGCCUCCCUGACCCAGGCUGAGCAGCAGAUGAAGCAGGUGCAGUGUGUCCAGGAGGAGCUGAAGAAGUUCCAGGGGGACUGUGAGGAGUUCCAAGGCUGGUUGAAGCAGGCCGAAGGGGAGAUGGACACGCUGAGCGCUCCUGCGGGCUCGCUCAACAUUUUGGCCGAUAAGCUCCAGCAACAGAAAGUUUUCGCAGAGGAUGUGAUCUCCCACAAAGGGGACCUUCGCUUUAUCACUAUUUCGGGACAGAAAGUGCUUGACGUGGCUAAAGCUUGUGGACUGUCAGACCACGCGGAUACCAAUCCUCUGCUGCACGUGGAUACUUCAGGGACCUGUUCUGCUGUCAGGGACAAACUGGAUGUAGCAGCCAGCCGAUACAAAACACUGCAUACACAGUGCAAUGUGCUUGGCAAUAACCUCAAAGAAGUAGUGGAUAAGUUCAAAACGUACGACGACUCGAGCACUGAUCUUUUGAAGUGGCUCAACAUCUCAGAGGAGGAAGCAAGGAAGCAACAAUCAGAGGCCAUAGCAGCUGAUCCACAGAUACUGCAGAAACAGCUGGAGGAGACCAAGGCUUUACAGGGUCAGAUGACAGGACAUCAAACUGCUAUUGACACAUUACAAAAAACAGCAGAAUCAUUAAUAACAUCUGAAGGAAACCUCCUCAGCAAUCCAGACGACAUCCAGGAGACAGUUGAUGAGAUCGUUGAGCGCUACGACAACCUUUCGAAGUCUGUGGGUGACCGCAACGAGAAACUGCAAAUCACCCUCACCCGCUCCAUGAGUGUCCAGGAUGGUUUGGAUGAGAUGAUGGGAUGGAUGGAGAGAGUGGAGGCCAGUGUGAAGGAGAAGGAGCAAGUACCCCUGGACUCUGCAUCUAUUGGAGACAUGCUCAAUAAAGAAGCAGCUUUAGAGCAGGACAUACUGAGUCGCCAGAGUAGCAUCGCAGCCAUAAAAGCCAAAGUGAAGAAGUUUGUGGAGACGGCAGAUCCCUCAGCAGCUGAGCUCCUGGAGUCAAAGAUGGCUUCUCUCUCACAGCGCUUCACUGACGCCUGCGAUAAGCACAAGCAAAAAGUUUCCCACCUGGAGCAAGUGAAGGAAAAGGUUGAACAGUUUGAAAACAUCUCAGACAAAAUCCAACAGUUUGUCAUGAAGCGGUCUCAAGAGCUGCAGGAAACAGACGGACCUGGGAAAACCUUCAACGAAAUGUCUCAACUAACACAGAGCACUAAGACUGAGAUGACUGAGUAUGCCAGUGAUAUGGAGAAGCUGCAGAGUCUGUCGAAGGAGCUGUCAGAAAUAAGCUAUGAUGGAAACAAAGCCAAACUUCAGAGCAAGAUGGACAAGGUCUCAAAUAUUUUUAGCACCUUCAAGGACACAGUUAAAGAAAAGGAAGAAGAGCUGUCGUCUUGUCAGGACCAGCUGGGAGAGUUCAGAUCUGCAGUCUGCGCUCUCACCAAGUGGCUGGAAGAGACCAAUGGCAGAGUACCUGCAGCCCAGCCAAGCAGCAGUGAGAAAAAUCUGAAGAAGGAUCUGCAGACAGUCACUAGUUUAUUAGAGGAAUGGACGUCCAAAGGGCCUGCUGUCCAAGACCUGAACACUAAAGGGUCUGCAUUGUGCAGCCUGAUCACUUCUCUCACAUCUCCUGCCAAGAGUAAGACCCCCAACAUGUCAGUUCUUACUAAUGGUGGUGGUCCAGCAAGCCACAGCUACCUAACCAAUAAAGAGUUGAUGGGGAUUCAGCAGAACAUGUCGUUUGUUAAUGAGGUGUACGCCAGCCUUGGAGAAACGCUGAAGAGUCAAAAAGAGCAGCUAAGUGGUUUGCUGCAGGAGGUGAAAGAGACCCAGAAAGAGACGGAGGACAUGAUGACAUGGCUGAAGGACAUGAAAAAGACAGCAGAGUCCUGGAACAGUGCAGCCGCGGGUAAAGACUCUGUGAAAACGCAGCUUGAGCAGCAGAAGGUGUUUGAAGAUGGGAUGAAGAGGAAGCAGGAGCAGAUUCAGAAGCUAAGAGAGAAGCUUCUGGGCUUGAUCUCAGCCCAUCCUAACGCCCCUGAAGCAACAACGUGGAAGAACAUGCUUUCAGAAAUAGAUGCUUCAUGGGCAGAAAUCAGUGGCUCCGUAGAGGAAAGGAAGCAGCACCUGGAGCAAUCCAACAAAAAUCUAGAUGUCUUCCAGUCAUCAGAGCUGCAGCUUGGCCAGUGGCUCUCAGAGAAGGAGCUGAUGAUGAGUGUCCUUGGACCCCUCUCUAUAGACCCAAACAUGUUAAAAAUGCAAAAGCAACAAGUUCAGAUCCUCCAGAAUGAGUUCAAGAGCCGUAAACCUCAAUAUGAACAACUCGAGGAAGCAGCUGCUGCCAUCCUGAACUCGACAAGCAACCUGGAGCCUUCAAAUGGAAAGCUGGUGGAGGAGAAACUCACUGCUGUCACCCACAAAUGGCACGGCCUCACAGGACAGCUGGACCAGCGAGACAGCCUGAUCGACCAGGCGGUGGUGAAGACUGGGCAGUUUCAGGAGUUACUGAGGAGCCUCAGUAACACCGCCACACAGCUGGAGAACCAGCUCACCAACCAUCACACCAACAGUAGCCAGCCUGAUGCCGUGAAGAAGCAGCUGGAGGAUGUCCAGAACAUUUCAGCUCAACUGAGGGAGGAGAGGAAGAAGCUGAAGCAGGCUGAGGCCAUCAAUGCAGAGCUCUCAGCGUUAGUGACUGAGGACUACCUGAAAGCAGAUCUGGCGAGGCAGCUGGAAAGUGUCAGCAAACCUUUUAAACAGCUGGAAGACAAAGCAGCAAAACGAAUCGAGCAAUUGAAUUCAACCUUUGCCAGCUCUCAACAGUUCCACCAAACCUCCAAAGACUUCCAGUCAUGGCUGGGCGAGAAGCUCCAGGAGCAAUCAAAACCUCCGUCCGUCUCGGCCAAAGUGGACGUCUUGCAGCAAACCCUCGAGGAGCACAGCCAACUCCAGAGAGCUCUCAAAGAUCACGAGGAGGCCUAUGGCACAAUCACCGCUGAAGGAGAAAUGCUGCUGCAGAGUGUCAACGGCGCCGAAAAGUUGGCCCUGCAGGGACAGCUCACUGCCCUCGCAUCCAACUGGGAAGAGGUGAAGAAGGGCUCUGCUGAGCAAGCUGGCAAACUCCAAGCCGCUCUCCUGAGAUCUCAGAAAUACCACGAGCACGUCGAGAAGCUGAGCUCAUGGAUUCGGGAUUGCGAAGCCAACGAGGGUUGUGUCAAGCUCACCGUCAAUCCCGUGGCGAUGGAGGGCUCCAUCUCUCAGGUGAGGGCACUUCAGAAGGAUGUCGACAAGCACAGAGGAGCGGUGGAGCAGCUCAACACGGCUGCUGAACGCCUACUUGAGGUGGCCAACGCGGACACUGACGCUGUGACAGAGGAGAAGAAUAACAUUGGUAAAAGGUUGGAUAAGCUGGUGGAAGGACUGCAAGUCAAAAGGGAGUGCCUGGAGAAGAUCUCACACACGGUUAAAGAAUUUAACGAUGCCCAGAAAGAAGCAAAGAGUCAGCUCGAGGCAGCCAAGAAGCAGGUGGAUUCCUUCGAAUCCCAGGGGCUGCAGGCACACAGCAACAAGAACUUAACAAACAUGAAAGCCCAACAGAAGAGCUUAGAGGGAGUUCAGAACCAAGUGGAGCACAUGAAAACCUUGGCAAAGGAUCUCGUGGUGGAUGUUCCAGAUGUGGACGGAGUGACGGAGCUCUUACUGCAGGCAGAUAACGUAGAAAAAGAUUACAGCAGCCUUAACAAGAAACUAGACGAAGCGUGCCAAAUGUUGGAGAGCAAACUGCAGGGUAUCGGACAGUUCCAAAACAACAUCCGUGAGAUGUUUACCCACUUCACAGAGCUGGACGACGAACUCGACAGCAUGUCUCUGGUGGAUUUGGACUUGGCCACCCUCAAAGAACAACAGGACAGCAUUCAGAGUUUUGUGGCUAAGCUGCGGGAUCUGAUGGGGAACACCGCCACCGCUGGAGACAGCUGCAGGAAGAUGCUGAAAGAGUCCGAAUCGUCACCGGACCUGCUGGGCCUGAAAAGAGAUCUGGACGCACUGAGUAAGCAGUGUGGCAAACUGUUGGACCGAUCCAAGCAGAGGGAGGGCCAGGUGCAGAGCACGCUCAGCAAACUAGAGGAGCUUUAUGGUAAACUCCAUCAAGCCGAAGAAAAACUUGUCAAAGCUGUGGACAAGGACGCAUCCCAGGAGGUUGUUGGCAUGGAAACAGAUGUGAUAAACCAACAACUGGAGGCCUUUAAGGCUUUCCAGAAAGACGACAUUGAACCAUUACAGACACAGCUUCAUGACAUCAACUUGCUCGGACAGAGUCUCGUCCAAAAUGCUGCUAAAGGCACCAGCACCAAGAAACUUGAAGAUGACUUAGAGGGCAUAAACUCAAAGUGGAAUACCUUAAAUAAAAAGAUCGCUGAGCGUUCGGCGCAGCUGCACGAAGCCCUGCUGCACUGUGGGAGGUUUCAAGAUGCUCUGGAGUCUCUCCUCAGCUGGUUAACUGACACAGAGGAGCUUGUGGCCAACCAAAAACCUCCUUCUGCUGAGUUCAAAGUGGUGAAAGCACAGAUACAAGAACAGAAACUCCUACAGAGACUGCUGGACGACAGAAAGCCGACCGUGGAGCUGAUAAAAAACGAGGGAGGGAAGGUCGCAGAACUGGCUGAGUCUGUGGAUAAGGAGAAGGUUGCAAAAGAGAUUGAGUCCCUGGGGCAGAGGUGGGACACUUUGCUCAAGAAAGCUGAAAACAGGCAAAAGCAACUGGAGAGCAUCUUAGUGGUCACUCAGCAGUUCCAUGAAACUCUGGAGCCGCUGAGCGAGUGGCUUGCAGCCACAGAGAAACAUCUGAUCAACUCUGAGCCGAUCGGCACUGAGACGUCUAGGUUGGAAGAUCAAAUUUCUCAACAUAAGGCCUUAGAGGAGGAGAUUAUGAACCGCAGUAAAGACCUGUUUCAGGCUGUCAGUCUGGGCCAAAUGCUAAAAAUGGUGAGCUCGGCAGAAGAUAAGGAGUUUGUUCAGUCCAAACUGGACACCACUCAGGCCGGUUACAUAGAGCUCCAGGAGCGGUGCCGGAGGAAAGCUGACAUGCUGCAGCAAGCCUUGGCGAACGCCCAGCUGUUCGGAGAGGACCAAGUGGCCCUCAUGAAUUGGCUGAAUGAGGUGCACACCCAGCUGAGUGACGUGUCAUUGGAGGACAGCAAGUCUGACGUUCUAGAAAAGCAGCUGGCAGAGCAACGGACACUUCAAAGUGAUAUCGAAUCAAAGAAGAAGAACGUUGAUCAGGCCAUCCUUAAUGGGAUGGAGCUGCUGAAACAAACAACAGGUGAUGAAGUUGUUGUUAUCCAAGGCAAACUGGAUGGAAUAAAAACAAAGUAUGCAGAGAUAAACUUGAUGAGUGCAAAUGUUUUGAAGACACUGGAGCAAGUAUUGAGUCUCUCCAACAAGCUGCAGGGCACUCAUACAGACCUGAGCUCCUGGUUAGAAAGAGCAGAAGCCGAGAUAAAAAUGUUUGCUGAUCAGGAGCCAGCGGGCGAGCAGCUGACAUGUUCACAAAACAGGCAAAAGGCCUUAUUAAAAGAAACUAAAGAACAAAAGCCCGUGUUAGACAAGCUGAAUGAGCUGAGCAGCUCACUCCUGGAUCUGAUCCCCUGGCACACGAGGGACAGUUUGGACAAACUGGUGACCGAAGAUAACGAGCGGUACCGAGCCAUCUGCGACACCAUCACCCAGCGGGUCGACCGCAUCAACGCCGACAUCCUCAAAUCACAGCAGUUUGAGCAAGCUGCAGACGCUGAACUCUCCUGGCUGGCUGAGGCUGAGAGGAAGUUGCUGUCAGUGGGUGAUAUUAGGCUUGAGCAGGACCAAACCACAGCCCAGCUGCAAGCACAGAAGAUUUUCUCCAUGGACAUCAUGAAGCAUAAAGAUGUGGUGGAUGAGAUAGUGAAAACAGGAAAAGCCAUCUUGAGCAGCAAAAACUCUGAAGAGAAAGAAGCUUUGAAGGCCAAGACCAAGAGUCUUUUGGAGAAGUAUGGUAUCAUCAGUCAGCUGAAUUCGGAGCGCUGRCUGCAGCUGGAGCGAGCCCAGUCUCUGGCCACGCAGUUCUGGGAGACCUACGAGGAAAUGUGGCCUUGGCUACAGGAAACUUUAGGUACCUUCAGCCAGCUGCCCCAACCUGCCAUCGAGUACGAAACACUCAGGCAGCAACAAGAGGAGCUCAGGCAAAUGCGAGAGCUAAUCGCUGAGCACAAGCCUCACAUUGAUAAGAUGAAUAAGACGGGGCCUCAGUUACUUGAACUGAGCCCGAUGGAGGGAGCCCCCAUCAGAGACAAAUACACAACUYCUGACCAGCUCUACACCAAACUCAAGGCUGAUGUCAAGCAGAGAGCUGCCACUUUGGAUGAAGCCAUUUCCAAAUCCACACAGUUUCAUGAUAAAAUCGAUCCCAUGCUGGAGUCUUUGGGACGGAUUGCCGAACGCCUGCGUCAGCCUCCAUCCAUCUCAGUAGAGGUGGACAAGAUCAAGGAGCAGCUCUCUGAAAACAAGACCAUGUCUGUGGAUCUGGAGAAACUGCAGCCUUCCUUUGAGACGCUGAAGCAACGAGGUGAAGAGAUGAUCYCUCGAUCUGAAGGAGCAGACAAGGACAUAUCUGCCAAAGCUGUACAAGACAAACUGGACCACAUGGUUUUCCUGUGGAACGACAUCCAGGCCUUGCUGGAGGAYCGCGAGGCAAAGCUGCUGGAUGUGAUGGACCUGGCAGACAAGUUCUGGUGCGAUCACUGCGCUCUCAUCGUCACCAUCAAAGACAGUCAGGACCUGCUGAAGGAGCUGGAGGAGCCCGGAGUCGACCCUUCUGUUGUCAAGCAGCAGCAGGAAUUUGUGGAGGGAUUUAAGGAAGAAAUUGACGGGCUGCAGGAGGAGCUUGAUGUUGUUCAAAACCAAGGUGCAGAACUGAUGACUGCCUGUGGCGAACCUGAUAAACCUGUGAUAAAGAAAAGUCUUGAUGAGGUGAAUUCAGCGUGGGAAAACCUCAACAAGACUUGGAAAGAGAGAGUAGAGCGAUUAGAGGAAGCCAUGCAGGCCGCUGUGCAGUUUCAGGAUGGACUGCAGGGUAUGUUUGACUGGGUGGAUAUUCUGGAGAACAAACUGGAUACAAUGUCCCCUGUAGGCACAGACCUGGAGACGGUCAAGCAGCAGAUUGUAGAGCUCAAGGAGUUCAAAGGAGAAACGUACCAGCUCCAGAUUGAGAUGGAGCGUCUGAACCACCAGGCCGGCCUCCUGCUGAAAAAGGUGACGGAGGAGGCCGAUCGCUGUGCCAUCAAGGAGCCCAUGUCCGAGCUCAAGAUGCUCUGGGACAACAUGGACGAGAAGAUAAUCAGCCGCCAGCACAAACUGGAGGGCGGCCUCCUGGCUCUGGGCCAGUUCCAGCAUGCCCUGGAUGAGCUGCUGGCCUGGAUGAGCCACACCGAGGAGCUGCUCAACGAACAGAGAAAAGCCGCAGGAGACCCCAAAGCCAUCGAGAUAGAGCUCGCCAAGCACCACGUGCUCCAGAUAGACGUGUUGGCUCAUAAAUCAACCGUAGAGACGGUGAACAAAGCUGGUAAUGAAUUAGUGGAGUCGAGCGCUGGGGAGGAAGCUUCCAGUCUGCAGAGCAAACUGGAGAAUCUGAACCAGAGGUGGAAAGCCAUCCUGGAGAAGACGGAGCAGAGGAAGCAGCAACUGGAAUUGUCUCUGCUUCAGGCCCAAGGUUUCCAUGGUGAGAUCGAAGAUAUGCAGCAGUGGCUGAAAGACACAGAACGUCAGCUGUUGGCAUCAAAGGCUGUGGGAGGCUUACCAGACACGGCUCGGGAGCAGCUUAACGCCCAUCUGGAGUUGUGUUCUGCCUUUGAGGCCAAGGAGGAGCUGUAUCAGGAACUGCUAAACAAGGGUCACCAGRUGCUCGCGAUGACGCCUGAGGGUCCGGACAGCAACACGGAGCAUGACCUCACCAACCUGAAGGAGAAGUGGGAAUCUGUGCAGGCAAAGGUCACAGAGAGAAAGGCAAAACUAGAGGAAGCUCUAACGCUGGCCACAGAUUUCCACAACUCUCUUCAAGACUUCAUUGUUUGGCUAACCCAAGCAGAGCAGACGCUGAACAUAGUCUCCCCCGCUUCCCUCAUCCUGGAGACCAUCAUGUUUCAGAUUGAUGAGCACAAGAUGUUUGUGACGGAGGUGAARGCUCACAGAGAGCACAUCAUUGACCUGGACAAGGCAGGAACGCACCUGAAGUACUUCAGCCAGAAACAAGACGUGGUGCUGAUUAAGAACCUUCUGCUGAGCGUGCAGGGCCGCUGGGAGAAGCUGGUGCAGAGAUCUGUAGAGCGAGGGCGCCUGCUGGACGAUGCCAGAAAGAGGGCGAAACAGUUCCACGAGACCUUCAAUAAACUGAUGGAAUGGUUGGAGGAAUCUGAGAAGAGCCUGGACUCUGAAGUGGAAAUUGCCAACGAACCCGACAAGAUCAAGACACAGCUGGUGCAGCACAAGGAGUUCCAAAAAGCUUUGGGCAGCAAACACUCGGUGUACGACACCACCGCUCGAACGGGCCGAGCACUAAAGGACAAAACUGCCCUUCAGGAUGACAAACAGAAACUGCAGGACACGCUGAGCGAGCUGAGGGACAAGUGGGACACAGUUUGUGGCAAAUCAGUAGAAAGACAAAACAAGCUGGAGGAGGCCCUGCUGUUCUCCGGUCAGUUUACUGAUGCCCUCCAGGCUCUCAUCGACUGGCUGUAUAAAGUGGAGCCUCAGCUGGCUGAGGACCAACCCGUGCAUGGAGACAUUGAUCUGGUUCUCAACCUGAUAGAUAACCACAAGGUUUUCCAGAAGGAGCUGYGGAAGCGGACGGUGAGCGUUCAGGCUCUGAAACGUUCAGCGAGGGAUCUGAUCGAGAGCAGCCACGACGACUCCUCCUGGGUGAAGGUCCAGAUGCAGGAGCUGAGCACUCGCUGGGAGACGGUGUGCAACCUCUCCGUGUCCAAGCAGACUCGGCUCGAGCAGGCCCUCUGCCAGGCUGAGGAAUUUCACUCCACUGUUCACAUCCUGCUGGAGUGGCUAGCUGAGGCCGAGCAGAGUUUGCGAUUCCAUGGUAGCCUGCCCGAUGAUGAGGAGGCUCUGCAGGGGCUUAUAGAACAACACAAGGAGUUCAUGAGGAAGCUGGAGGAAAAGCGAGUGGGUCUGAGCAAAGCAACCAGCAUGGGGGAGGCCAUUCUCGGCAUCUGCCAUCCGGAUUCCAUCACAACCAUCAAACACUGGAACACCAUCAUUAAAGCCAGGUUUGAAGAGGUUCAGGCUUGGGCCCGGCAGCACCAGCAGCGACUGGCCACGGCCCUGACCGAUCUGUUAGCCACUCAAGAUCUACUGGAGAAUCUUCUGACCUGGCUGCAGUGGGCUGAGACCAACCUGAACGAUAGAGACAACGAACCCCUGCCUCAAGAGAUUGAAGAGAUCAAAACUCUAAUAGCAGAACAUCAGGCGUUCAUGGAGGAAAUGACCAGAAAGCAGCCAGACGUUGACAAAAUCACCAAAACACAUAAAAGGAAGCCUGCUGCGGAGCCUCAAAAUCAAUCUCAGAUUCCGGUUCUGGACAAAGGAAGAACUGGAAGAAAACGCUCUCCCACACAAACGAUGUACGCAUCGACCACACAGGCUCCUAUAGAAACCAAGAACCCACGAGUCAACCUGCUGGUCACCAGGUGGCAGCACGUGUGGCUGCUGGCCUUGGACAGGAGGAGGAAACUCAAUGAUGCUUUGGACAGACAGGAGGAGUUAAAGGAAUUUGCUAACUUUGACUUUGAUGUGUGGCGUAAGCGCUACAUGCGCUGGAUGAACCACAAAAAGUCCCGUGUCAUGGACUUCUUCCGCCGCAUCGAUAAAGAUCAAGACGGCAAAGUGACCCGACAGGAGUUCAUAGAGGGAAUUCUUUCCUCCAAGUUUCCAACCAGCCGGCUGGAGAUGAGCGCCGUGGCGGACAUAUUUGACAGAGACGGUGAUGGAUACAUUGACUAUUAUGAGUUUGUGGCAGCGCUCCAUCCCAACAAAGAUGCCUACAAGCCGUUAACAGAUGCUGACAAAAUUGAAGAUGAGGUUACACGUCAAGUUGCAAAAUGCAAAUGUCCAAAACGAUUCCAAGUGGAGCAAAUUGGAGCAAACAAAUACAGGUUCUACCUUGGAAAUCAGUUUGGUCUGGUUCACUGCUUACAUGACUCCCUAAUGGGCGAUGAGACAAUAGCAAACAGAGAAAAUCAAAAUCUUACCCACCAUCUACACGUUGCUGUUUUGGAAAGCUGUAUUCUGUUUGGAGACUCUCAGCAGCUGCGUCUUGUGCGGAUUUUACGCAGCACGGUGAUGGUGCGGGUGGGCGGCGGUUGGAUGGCUCUGGACGAGUUCCUGGUGAAGAACGAUCCGUGUKGAGUUCAUCACCACGGGAGCAAAAUGUUGCGCUCGGAGUCAAACUCUUCYAUUACUCAGUCUCCUAUAGGUUGGCAAAUCUCACACUUUCUCACCUUGCUCCAUGAACCCACUYGCGCUAAAGGCAGGACCAACAUGGAGCUGCGAGAGAAGUUCAUCCUCCCCGAGGGAACCACUCAGGUGAUGGCGAGUUUCCGCUACAGAGGUCGAAGGUCUCGGCCGUCGUCUAGAGGUGCUUCGCCCAACAGAUCCAUGUCCAGUCAGAGCUGCCCGAUUCCGACGAACCCAACAGCCAUCGGAACACCCAAGACUCCCCAACACAUUACCCGCAAUUAUGAUAAGCCAUGGCUUACAAACAGCAAAUCCUGCACUCCUCUUAAAUCAUCUGACUCUUUUGAGAGCCAAGGUUCAUCCUCAGAGAGUACAGCUGUCCAGGGAAGCAAGUUACGACUUCCUGGCUACUUAUCUGGCAAAGGAUUUCAUUCGGGUGAAGAGGGAACUUUGAUUAAYGCUGCUGUGCUGAAAGCUCGAACACAGACAAUUGGUGAAAUAAGAAAAAAUUUCAGCCGACCAGGAAGUAAAGCCGGAAGCAGAGGGAGCAGUCGCAGAGGAAGCGACGCCUCGGACUUUGACAUCUCAGACAUCCAAUCUGUGUGCUCGGACGCGUCGGAGACCGUCGGAGAGUCCGCUCGAGCYACGCCGCGCUCUGCGUCCCGCCAGCACGGAGGAAAACCCUCCAAGAUCCCCACUCCUCAAAGAAAACCCACUUCCACGAGCAAACUGGCCAAGGGGUCCAAGCAAUAGUCAGUGGCCUUGAAACCAAACAACCCAGGAACUAAURGCACCCUGAAAACAUAACAGACACUGGAGACGUCUACCUUAAGAGACUGCAGAUGCGAUGUUAUUUAAAUUGUUGCAAAGAUGUAAAAUAUUCUUUUAAGAGGCAAUAUGGUUUAAUAUGUGAGAAUGGAAUGUUGAUGGCCUUGUGUGUUUGUUUUUAAUGUAUUUUAUUAUUAUUUUUUUGUGAAAUUGUUUUUUUUUAUUAUACUUAAUUUUAUUUAUGCAAAUCCCAUAGAGGAUUAAGGAACACUAAAAAAAUCUGGGAAUAAUAAUUAACAUUUCUUCAAACUAAUGAAGGGCAACAAAAGCUGGGCAGUGUUUUUGAAAAGUGACCGAAUGUACUGUAUUUUAUCACCGGUGAUGUUUGGAGUAGAUGGUGGAUCACUGUACGGCUUCAGGCACUGCAGAUAUUUAUUUAAGUGCUAUGUUAUACUGCCACCUUGCAUUUAAAGGGCAAUGCAAUAUAGAACAAUAAUCCUUAGUAAGCACUCCGGAAAGGUUUGGAAACUCUUAUUUAUGAGACGUAGCAGAAACCUUGUAAUGAUGAAGUUUUCAAAUCCUAAUCGUUUGUUUGUCCGCCACUGCAGCCUGUCGUUUUCUUUCCUCCACUUUACAGUAAUGUGCCGCCUUGUAGAGGCGCCACUCCACGUAGCCGCGCUCUGUGCUUUCAUGUGUAUGUAUGGUUGUUUCGAUCGAGCUGAAAUUGUUACUGUAACUUUACUUUGUAAUAAACCUGCUUGCAGAAAGCCACCUGAAGCUACUGCGCUGUACAGAA